AUGGACUUCAUUGAAAAGCUUCCUAAAUCUCAUGGUAAAGACACGAUUUGGGUAGUUAUUGAUAGGCUGAGCAAAUAUGCCCAUUUUAUCCCUAUUGCUCACCCUUUUACUGUAUCCAAAUUAGCUGAAAUUUUCAUUGCUGAAAUCUACAAGCUACAUGGUGCACCCGCCAACAUCUGGUACAAUACCACUUACCAUUCCGCUAUUCAAGCUACCCCUUAUGAGAUUGUGUAUGGCCAAGCACCACCACUGCAUCUUCCUUAUUGCCCUCAAAGUACCAAGGUCGAGGCGGUCGAUCGAAGCUUCAUUGUAAGGGAAGAAAUGAUCCAGAAAUUACAGGGUAAUUUGGUCCGGGCUCAAGCACGUAUGAAGCGGCAGGCUGAUAAACAUCGCAGUGAUCGGGAAUUUAAGGAAGGAGAUUGGGUUUUCCUAAAGUUACAGCCCUAUAGACAAGCUUCUGCUCAAUAUCGUGCUUCCGAAAAGCUUUCUCCUCGGUUUUAUGGUCCUUAUCAGGUGCUACAUAGGGUGGGAAAAGUUACAUACACCUUGAUUCUUCCAUCUACUUCGCGAAUUCAUCCUACGUUCCAUGUAUCUCUUUUGAAACCGUGUCCUGAUGAGAACAUUCCCGUGGUUGCACUUCCUGAGGAGUGGGGCAGUUUGGAUGAUCCUAAGGAACCAUUUAAGAUUUUGAAGAGGCGCUCCAUUCAAAGGCACAAUAGGACGGUUACUGAGGUUUUGAUUCAGUGGAAAAGAGAGGCUAUGGAAGAUGCUACUUGGGAGUUGCUAUACAAACUCAAACUCCAGUUUCCUUAUUUUGAUGUUACAGCUGCUCCUUGA